AUGGACUGGAGACUUGUGCAAGUGAUAUGCAGCUUUCGAGGAUCGGUCCCUCAAGGAUUGGUCUUAGAAAUAGGAGAAACAGUCCAGAUUCUUGAAAAAUGUGAAGGUUGGUAUAGAGGAGUUUCAACAAAGAAGCCAAAUGUAAAGGGGAUCUUUCCUGCAAAUUACAUUCAUUUGAAAAAAGCAAUUGUCAGUAAUAGGGGGCAGUAUGAAACUGUGGUUCCACUUGAAGAUUCUAUUGUGACUGAAGUUACAGCAACUCUGCAAGAAUGGGCCAGUCUGUGGAAACAACUCUAUGUGAAACAUAAAGUAGAUCUUUUCUACAAGCUACGCCAUGUGAUGAAUGAACUUAUUGACCUUCGAAGGCAGCUCCUGUCUGGUCACCUGACUCAGGAUCAGGUGCGGGAGGUUAAGCGGCACAUCACCGUGCGCCUGGACUGGGGCAAUGAGCAUUUGGGCCUGGACCUGGUGCCUCGAAAGGACUUUGAAGUAGUGGAUGCGGACCAGAUUAGUGUCUCAGAUCUCUAUAAAAUGCAUUUAUCUAGCCGGCAGAGUGUACAGCAAAGCACAUCUCAGGUAGAUACAAUGCGCCCACGACAUGGGGAAACCUGUCGGAUACCAGUGCCACAUCACUUCUUCCUCAGUCUAAAGAGUUUCACCUACAAUACCAUUGGGGAAGAUACCGAUGUCUUCUUUUCCUUAUAUGAUAUGAGAGAAGGCAAGCAGAUCAGUGAGCGGUUUCUGGUGAGACUGAACAAGAAUGGUGGGCCAAGGAACCCAGAGAAGAUAGAGCGAAUGUGUGCCCUUUUUACAGAUCUGAGCAGCAAAGAUAUGAAGAGAGAUUUAUAUAUAGUUGCCCAUGUGAUACGAAUAGGCCGGAUGCUCCUGAAUGACUCAAAGAAGGGCCCUGCUCAUCUGCACUAUCGGCGGCCGUAUGGCUGUGCAGUCCUAAGCAUCCUGGAUGUCCUGCAGUCGCUUACAGAAUUAAAGGAAGAGAAGGAUUUUGUUCUUAAGGUUUACACGUGCAACAACGAGAGUGAGUGGUCCCAGAUCCACGAGAAUAUCAUCCGCAAGUCCAGCGCCAAGUACUCUGCCCCCAGCGCCAGUCAUGGUCUUAUCAUUUCUCUGCAGCUUCUUCGUGGAGACAUGGAACAGAUUAGGAGAGAAAAUCCUAUGAUAUUUAAUAGGGGAUUGGCAAUUACAAGAAAAUUGGGAUUCCCUGAUGUCAUCAUGCCAGGUGAUAUCCGCAAUGACCUGUACCUAACCCUGGAGAAGGGGGACUUCGAGAGAGGGGGAAAGAGUGUACAGAAGAAUAUUGAAGUGACCAUGUAUGUGCUUUAUGCAGAUGGAGAAAUCUUGAAGGAUUGCAUCAGCUUGGGUUCAGGAGAGCCGAAUAGGAGUUUGUACCACUCCUUCGUCCUCUACCACAGUAAUAGUCCUCGCUGGGGAGAAAUUAUCAAAUUGCCCAUCCCCAUUGAUCGGUUCCGGGGCUCCCACCUGCGCUUCGAGUUCAGACACUGUUCCACAAAGGACAAAGGGGAAAAGAAACUCUUUGGCUUUGCAUUCUCACCCCUGAUGCGGGAUGACGGCACCACCCUCUCAGAUGAUAUCCACGAGCUCUAUGUGUACAAGUGUGAUGAGAAUAGCACGUUUAACAACCAUGCUCUGUACCUGGGCCUGCCCUGCUGCAAAGAGGACUAUAACGGCUGCCCUAACAUCCCCUCCAGCCUCAUCUUCCAACGCAGUACCAAAGAGUCUUUCUUCAUUUCCACACAGCUCUCCUCCACCAAACUCACCCAGAAUGUGGACCUCCUUGCUCUGCUGAAGUGGAAGGCCUUUCCAGACCGGAUCAUGGACAUCCUAGGGCGGCUGCGGCAUGUCAGUGGGGAGGAAAUUGUUAAGUUUCUACAGGACAUCUUAGAUACGCUGUUUGUGAUUUUGGAUGAUAAUACAGAGAAAUAUGGCCUGUUGGUAUUUCAGUCUUUGGUAUUCAUCAUCAACCUGCUCCGAGACAUCAAAUAUUUCCAUUUCCGACCUGUAAUGGACACAUAUAUCCAGAAGCACUUUGCUGGAGCCCUGGCAUACAAGGAGCUAAUCCGCUGUUUGAAGUGGUACAUGGACUGCUCAGCAGAACUGAUUCGGCAGGAUCACAUUCAGGAAGCCAUGAGGGCCUUGGAGUACCUUUUCAAGUUUAUCGUGCAGUCAAGGAUCCUCUACUCACGUGCCACCUGUGGGAUGGAAGAGGAGCAAUUCCGGUCCAGCAUCCAAGAACUUUUCCAGUCCAUCCGGUUUGUGCUCAGUUUGGACAGCAGAAACUCAGAAACACUCCUUUUCACUCAGGCUGCACUUCUCAAUUCCUUCCCAACGAUCUUUGAUGAGCUGCUGCAAAUGUUCACUGUGCAGGAGGUAGCAGAGUUUGUGAGAGGGACUCUGGGGAGCAUGCCCAGCACUGUGCACAUUGGGCAGUCAAUGGAUGUGGUCAAGCUGCAGUCCAUUGCCAGAACUGUGGAUAGCCGCCUAUUUUCUUUCUCAGAAUCCCGUCGCAUCCUGCUUCCUGUGGUUCUCCAUCAUAUUCACCUUCACCUGAGGCAGCAGAAAGAGCUGCUAAUCUGCUCAGGGAUUCUUGGCAGCAUCUUCUCCAUCGUCAAGACCAGCUCUCUGGAGGCAGAUGUUAUGGAGGAGGUAGAAAUGAUGGUGGAGAGCCUCUUGGACGUGCUCUUACAGACUCUGCUCACCAUCAUGAGCAAAUCGCACGCUCAGGAGGCGGUAAGAGGGCAGCGGUGCCCGCAGUGCACAGCGGAGAUCACUGGCGAGUAUGUGUCCUGCCUUCUCUCAUUGCUCCGCCAGAUGUGUGACACCCAUUACCAGCACCUCCUGGACAACUUCCAGAGCAAAGAUGAGCUCAAGGAAUUUCUGCUGAAGAUUUUCUGUGUGUUCCGGAACCUGAUGAAGAUGAGUGUCUUUCCUCGGGACUGGAUGGUGAUGAGACUUCUCACAAGCAAUAUUAUAGUCACUACAGUCCAGUACCUGUCUUCUGCACUGCACAAGAAUUUCACAGAGACAGACUUCGACUUUAAGGUGUGGAAUUCUUAUUUUAGCCUGGCAGUUCUGUUCAUAAAUCAGCCAAGCCUUCAGCUAGAAAUCAUUACUUCCACCAAGAGGAAGAAGAUUCUAGAUAAGUAUGGGGACAUGCGUGUGAUGAUGGCUUAUGAACUGUUCAGCAUGUGGCAGAAUUUGGGUGAACAUAAGAUCCACUUUAUUCCGGGAAUGAUUGGUCCUUUUCUGGGUGUGACACUGGUCCCACAGCCAGAAGUGCGGAAUAUUAUGAUUCCCAUCUUUCAUGACAUGAUGGACUGGGAGCAAAGGAAAAAUGGCAACUUCAAACAGGUGGAGGCCGAGCUGAUUGACAAGCUGGACAGCAUGGUGUCAGAAGGGAAAGGCGAUGAGAGCUACAGGGAGCUCUUCGGCCUUCUAACCCAGCUGUUUGGGCCCUACCCCAGCCUGCUGGAGAAAGUUGAACAGGAAACAUGGCGCGAGACCGGCAUUUCCUUUGUAACCUCGGUCACCCGCCUCAUGGAACGCCUUCUUGACUACAGGGAUUGCAUGAAAGGAGAGGAGACAGAGAAUAAGAAGAUCGGCUGCACUGUUAACCUGAUGAACUUUUACAAAUCUGAGAUUAACAAAGAAGAGAUGUAUAUCCGCUAUAUCCAUAAGCUUUGUGACAUGCAUUUGCAGGCCGAAAACUACACAGAAGCUGCAUUCACUCUGCUCCUCUACUGUGAGCUGCUACAGUGGGAGGAAAGGCCACUGCGGGAAUUCCUCCAUUACCCAUCCCAGACAGAGUGGCAGCGGAAAGAGGGACUGUGCCGCAAGAUCAUCCACUACUUCAACAAAGGCAAGAGUUGGGAGUUUGGGAUCCCACUGUGCAGGGAGCUGGCGUGUCAGUAUGAGAGCCUCUACGAUUAUCAGAGCCUCAGCUGGAUUCGGAAAAUGGAGGCCAGCUACUAUGACAACAUUACAGAGCAGCAACGCCUGGAGCCUGAGUUCUUUCGGGUCGGCUUCUAUGGCAGGAAGUUUCCUUUUUUCCUUCGGAACAAAGAAUACGUGUGCCGUGGCCACGACUACGAGAGGCUGGAGGCCUUCCAGCAGAGGAUGCUCAGUGAGUUCCCACAGGCUGUCGCCAUGCAGCACCCCAACCACCCUGACGACACCAUCCUGCAGUGUGAUGCCCAGUACUUGCAGAUCUAUGCAGUGACGCCCAUUCCAGAUUAUGUGGACGUCCUGCAGAUGGACAGGGUCCCAGAUCGCGUCAAGAGCUUCUACCGCGUCAACAAUGUGAGGAAGUUCCGGUACGACAGGCCUUUUCACAAAGGCCCCAAGGACAAGGAGAAUGAAUUCAAGAGCCUGUGGAUCGAGCGUACCACGCUGACCCUGACCCACAGCUUGCCUGGCAUCUCUCGGUGGUUCGAAGUGGAGAGGAGGGAGCUGGUGGAGGUGAGCCCCCUGGAGAAUGCCAUCCAAGUGGUUGAGAAUAAGAACCAGGAACUACGGGCCCUGAUCAGCCAGUAUCAGCAUAAGCAGGUGCAUGGCAACAUCAACCUGCUCAGCAUGUGCCUGAAUGGCGUCAUUGACGCCGCUGUCAACGGAGGCAUUGCACGCUACCAAGAGGCCUUCUUUGAUAAAGAUUACAUCACCAAGCACCCAGGAGAUGCUGAGAAGAUCACUCAGCUCAAGGAACUCAUGCAAGAGCAGGUUCAUGUUCUUGGAGUCGGGCUGGCAGUUCAUGAGAAGUUCGUGCACCCAGAAAUGCGCCCUCUGCAUAAGAAGCUGAUUGAUCAGUUCCAGAUGAUGCGGGCCAGUCUCUACCAUGAGUUUCCGGGUUUGGACAAGCUAAGUCCUGCAUGUUCAGGCACCAGCACCCCACGGGGAAAUGUCCUAGCAUCGCAUAGCCCCAUGAGCCCAGAGAACAUCAAGAUGACCCACCGGCACAGCCCCAUGAACUUGAUGGGGACCGGCCGCCAUUCAUCAUCCUCUCUCUCCUCACACACAUCUAGCGAAGCUGGAAACGUGGUGAUGUUGGGUGACAGCUCCAUGGGCGAGGCUCCUGAGGACCUGUACCAUCACAUGCAGCUCGCGUAUCCCAACCCCAGGUACCAGGGCUCAGUCACCAACGUCUCUGUUCUGUCCUCGUCCCAGGCAAGCCCUUCUUCCUCCAGCCUGAGUUCCACUCACUCAGCACCAUCCCAGAUGAUUACCUCUGCCCCUUCCAGUGCCCGAGGCUCUCCCUCUCUGCCAGAUAAGUACCGCCAUGCCCGGGAAAUGAUGUUGCUGCUGCCCACACACCGGGAUCGCCCAAGCAGUGCCAUGUAUCCAGCAGCCAUCCUGGAGAACGGACAGCUGCCAAACUUCCAGCGGGCCCUGUUCCAGCAAGUGGUUGGAGCCUGCAAACCCUGCAGUGAUCCCAAUCUGUCUGUGGCUGAAAAAGGUCAUUACUCCCUACACUUUGACGCCUUCCACCACCCCCUGGGUGACACCCCCCCGGCCCUCCCAGCCCGGACCCUGCGCAAGUCUCCUCUCCACCCUAUCCCAGCCUCCCCCACAAGCCCCCAGUCGGGCCUGGAUGGCAGCAACUCUACGCUGUCUGGCAGUGCCAGCAGCGGUGUGUCUUCCCUAAGCGAGAGUAACUUUGGGCACUCCUUGGAGGCCCCUCCUCGAACCGACACCAUGGACUCCGUGCCGAGCCAGGCCUGGAAUGCUGACGAAGAUCUUGAGCCACCCUACUUCCCCGUCCACUACAGCCUCUCCGAGUCCGCUGUUCUGGACUCCAUCAAGGCCCAGCCGUGCCGAAGCCACUCAGCCCCGGGAUGUGUCAUCCCUCAGGACCCCAUGGACCCACCUGCGCUGCCACCCAAGCCCUACCACCCCCGCCUGCCGGCCCUGGAGCACGACGAGGGUAUGCUGCUGCGCGAGGAGGCCGAGAGGCCUCGGGGCCUGCAUCGCAAGGCCUCACUGCCUCCUGGGAGCACCAAGGAAGAGCAGGCUCGCAUGGCCUGGGAGCACAGCCGAGGGGAACAAUGA